GGUGCAUGCUGGGAUGUGCAGUACAGGGCGGAACUCACUUCCUCUUCAUUCUUCAGGAAGAAAAGUUUGUUCGGAGACAGAAGUUGUGUUUGUUUGUUUGUUUGUUUCUCGGUGAUCCUGAACGUCCGGGCCGGUGUCAGAAUGUCUUCCUCUAGUGUUCAGAACAGGCCGAUCUCAGCAAUUGCAUGGGCCUCCAACAACUCCACAUGUCCCGCCCACUUUACCAUGAUUGCCACGACUGAAGAUGGAGCUGCUGCCAACUUCACCCGGGGCUUUGGUCUGAAAUCUGGAUACUUUCUGUGUUACAGCAAGGAUCUCUCAGGUGGAAUGAUGGUGUCUGAUGUUCAGGUGAUCUCUGACAAGGAUGUGAUUCCUCAUGGGUACUGCUACAUACCUGAGUUCAUGGAGUCCAAAUCCUCUGUGUGGAAGAAGAAGCGUGUGUGUGUGCGUAUUGUUCCUGUGGACAGUGGAGCAACCGCCGUUCUGGACAUCAAAGUAACGGCCAAGAGCAAGAUGAUGCUUCCACAGUACACCUGCCUGGGGGACAUUCUGGGAUACGUGCUGUGGUGUCUGAAAGGCACCUUCUCAUCUCCUGUUCCUCAGGUGAAGCCCCGCAGUCUGAGCAUCGACAUGCGGCAGCUCUCACUGGAAGCAGCUGCACCGCUGCCCCUCAGACCCAACAACCAGACGUCUCAAGGCCAACCCAAGGUCAGUCGUCGCCGUAGCAACCUGGAUCGUACAGAGACUGAUCGUACAGAGAAGGUGCACGAUGGAAGCAGCAUUUAUGGCAUUACAGCGAUGGAUGGAGUUCCUUUUGCUCUUCAUCCCAAAUUUGAAAAUCGAGUCAUCGAGAAGGUGUCCAUCUCAGCUCUGGAUAAUAUUCGGAUUAAAUCACUGCAGGAUAUAGAGAAUGAGUAUAACUACACGUUUGCAGUAGAAGAAGCUGCCAGGAUUCCCCGCUCCUAGGUGAUAUCACUGCCAUAAGCCCCACCCACUGCCGUAAGCCCCACCCACUCACCUGACUACAUCCACUUUCUCCCAGACCGCCUGCAUUACUCAAGAUGACCAAAGUUAACGUUUUCCCAGCUUUUGAAUGACAGACUUUAUUACCGGUGGCUGAAGGAUGUGAAUAUUGUUAAAGAUUUUGAGGAUAACUGCAUCACACUUUAUUACAUUAUAAAGUGUAACCAGCUUCAGGUCACUGUGCUCUGUGUGUGUUCAGGAUUCGUCCUGUGACCAUUUUUAAUUGUUUGUACUAUAAUGUACUGUACGGUUGCCAGAUUGGGAAAUUUACAAUCUAAAAGGUUUUUAUAUACCUCUAUAUUUGGAAAAUAUAAUAUGGGGAAAUCUUUGGGAGGAACAAAAAUAUUUAAUUCUGUGAAAAAUUAACUAAUAUUAUUAUGAGACUUAAACCAAAAGUUUGUUUAUUAUGUGCUAAACUGUUAUUUGUGAUUGUUGUCAUGGUACAUUUGAUUGAUCAGAAAUGAGGAGUUUCAGUGGCACAUCGCAGAAUAAUCUCCUACAUAUUACAUAUGAGAACACUAUUAUCUCACUUCUUACACACCUACUAGUUAAAUAAUUAAUCUGACACUAAAUAUUGAUCUGAUCUGAACAUCAGAUGUAAACAAUAGUAACUUAGUUCAUUUCCAUAACUCAGUGAUGUUCAGUUUGCUCCAGAAAACAAAGAGCCGUGUGGCUGCAGGUUUUCAUUACAGCUGAGCAGAAGUCUGACUGGAUCAUAUGUGGAAAGUUAGACUCAGCUGAAAUAAUAAUAAUUAUUAUUAUUAUUAUUAUUAUUAUUGUUAUUAUUAUUAUUAUUUCAGAUCUAAAAAACAAACAGCUAAACACAUUCCGUCUGUGUACCAGACUGUAGCCAGAAUUCCUUGUAAUGACACUUUUUUAUUUUAAAGAACUGUGCAGACUUUAAUUCUUUAUAAUAUUCAGUGAUUUUAAAUAAAUGUUAUGUUUAACAUUAAUAUACUAUAAUAUACUGAUAUGUAAAGAAGGAAAAUGUAGCGCAAACACAGAAAACAAAAAUCAGUAAGUGUGUGUGUGUGUGUGUGUGUGUGUGUGUGUGAGAUGUAUUUUUACCAAAGAUUUAGUGAUGGAAAUGGCUUUUUUCUUUCUUUAAUGUAUUUAGAUGGUUUAAGAUCCUAAUCCUGGAAUUUAUCAUUGUGUUUGUAUUGAAUUCUGGUGUCAUCAAAAAAUUCACAUAUAAAAAUGCGUUUAUCAAAAAACAAAUGUUUUGGGGAAAAAAAACACUAUGAUGUAUUUUAUGAUAUUCUCAGCUAUAAUUUUAAGGUAAAUUCAUGGUUAUUAUGUUAGACUGUAUGUAAGUCCAUAUAAUAUUUAAAUUGUUUUUUAUUUUUUUUUUUCAAAAUUCAGAGAAAUUCUGUGUUCUGUAGUUAUAUAAUUAUUAAAAUUCUGUGGUUGUGUUUGUGAUGUUUUUAUGCUUUUUUUGUUUUGUUUUGGUUUAUAAUUGCAUUUAUGUUGAUUUAAACACUGGUAUUUAUUUGACCUUUUUAAUGUUACGACCAAACUUCAAAGGGUGUUUUUUUUAAUGCCCGUAAUAAAUUUCUGUCUGUAUUAAAUGUACUGGGAUACUUUUUUGAAAACAUUUUGAGACUAGAUUUGUAAAGUUUGUCAUGACAAACUUUGACGUUGGCUUGUCGGAGCAAGUGUUCCCAAAAGCCUGUAUGUUAGGGUGCCAAUACUUUUGGAGUCGAGCGGAUACAAGCAUGUAACGUCAUCCGAACACCCGUGACUCGUUGUGCUGAGUGUUUUGACGUGUCACACGUCCAUAAUGUGGUCAUUAUUGGGGGGGGAAUACACGUGACGUCACGUGAUGCCAUCCGAAUACC